AUGAAGCUCCCUCUUGUCUUGCAAACUUUGGUUCUCGCAACGUCCGUGAGUAGCACGAUCGCUCUCACUGAUGUUGGUGGUCAACCCGGAACGAUACCUGCCAUGUUUCCUCCUUUUCUUGGAGGUAAUUCACCAUGGUUCCCAGGCCCAAAUGUAACAGAUAUACCUUACGAAAUCCCCGAAGGAUGCACCAUCGACAUGGCUUCAAUAACCAGCCGCCACGGCUCUCGUUAUCCCGACCCAGCUGUGUACAAACAAUGGCUGGGCCUCCAAUCCAAGAUCCAAAACUCCUCUGCCACGGGCCAAGCUGCUUUGUCUUUUAUCAGCACCUGGAACCCUGUCCUGGAAAAUCCAAGCCAAGUCCUCACCCAGCUCUCCGUUGGUGGCUACAAGGAGUUGUACGACAUGGGUGCCACAUACCGGUGGAGGUACUCUGACCUCUAUACCGACAACAGUCCGUUCCUUCUCUGGGCCAAUGCAUUUUUCCCCACGUCACCCAGAGUCAUCGACUCUGCCAAGCUCUUUGCUCGUGGUUUCCUGGGUCCAAAUGCUACUACACUCGGGACAGUGUAUGUGCUGAACAAUACGGAUCCGCGAGGCCUUGCAAACUCUCUAGGCGUGUCCGAUUUAUGUCCCGCCUACAACGAUACCAUGGGCGGACCAGCAGCCGCCACGUGGGCCAAUGUCUAUCUUCCUCCCAUUGUGGCGCGGAUUAACGCCCUCACGACACCCAAAGGGGCUGUCAACUUCAACACCACGGACGUUGCCAUGUUUCCACUCCUCUGUGGCUUUGAGAGCGAAAUGACCGGCAAAAGGAGUCCAUGGUGCAACGUCUUCACCGAGCAAGAGCUGCAAGCCUAUGAAUACUCCCAAGAUCUCCGCUUCUACUACGGUCACGGGCCUGGAUCACUCAAGAACAGCACCUUUAUGCUUCCUUUCCUCUCGGCCCUGGUCUCGCGCUUCAUCGAUGGACCGAAUAAGACAUACACCUCCAGCGACGGCACCACUUUCGCCCCACCCCCUCUGAUCGUAACACUCACCAACGACGCCCAAAUCAAUCAGCUCGUCAGCCAAAUCGGCGUCUUUGACGAUCAAGCGCCGUUACCACCGGACCGCAUCCCCGACAAUCAGAGAUACAUCUCGUCACGCUACGUGACGAUGCGCGGCACCAUUGGCUUUGAGCGUCUCACCUGUACGGGAAGUGGGAAGCGCGGCCAGACACCAGGGCAGUUUCUCCGCAUCAUCCUCAACGACGUCGUGUAUCCCGUCGUGGGCUGCGACUCGGGGCCUGGCCGUUCUUGCCCACUACCGCAGUACGCGCAGCUCGUGGUGCAGAAGCAGGCUCAGGCGGGAGGCUUCGUGGACGCUUGUUUCGGGGCCAACCAAACCGCGGCGAAGUUGGCUUUGGCGGCGGCGGGCAUCACGGGCACUCCCAAGACGACUUUCUUGUCGGAUCUGGCUGUCCCAUUCGCGUUUACAGUGAAACCGUGA